GGCCCAGUGGACUCGUCUCCAUAGCGACUCAAGUCUGUGUCUGCCGCGACCCAAACCCUUUCCCACCGCCGAGUCGAGCAACCCUCCACAGCGGAAACCAUGAUCGCCGCCGGGGUCAUCGACAUUUUGUUGAGGCCUCGGUUCGUCCCUUGCCGGCGGACGCCGAGGAAGAAGGCUUAUUGCGUAAAUACUGCUGAUGUACUUGCAGGAAUUGCACGGACAUGCUUUGGAGUUGGUUGGGAUAUCCGGCCAAUCACACAGGAUAGCAAUGAGGGUGUUCAAUGUUUAUCUUAUUGCUCUGAAGAUGGUAACAAUCAGUAUGGGCAACUAUCAAAAUAUAUCAUCAAUGCCAAAAAGGAGUCAUUGUUUCCAAACUAUGAUUUGCGAUAUGGUUAGUCCUAAUAUGCACACAAUAAUAUCUGGCUAUUGGGAGGGUCCUGAUACUGAAGAUGGGUGGGGUUAUAUUGAGGCUGUUGUGUUUAGAAGUCCUUGAUUAUUUGCUUUUCUCACUUGUACUUUGUUUUCUGAAUUCAAUGUAUUGCAAUUUUGU